CUGAUUGUGGCGCUAACUAUCGUUAUGAUUAUCAUUGAUCUGAUGGCAAUGAUGAGGUGGUGGGACAUCAGUCUUAACGCCAUCUCUCUCGUCAAUCUAGUUGUGGGGGUCGGAAUAUCAGUCGAGUUUUGUUCACAUUUAGUCCGUUGUUAUGCCAUUUGUUCGGCGCCGACACGUGUGUUGCGGGCGAAGGAGUCGUUGGCCAAAAUGGGAACUUCGAUUCUGUCGGGCAUAACGUUAACGGACUGUGGAAUCCUAAUCCUGGCGUUCGCCAAAUCCAAGAUAUUUCGUGUGUUUUACUUCCGGAUGUAUUUGGGAAUCAUAGCGUUCGGAACGCUUCACAGUCUGAUAUUCCUGCCGGUGCUGCUCAGUGUGAUCGGUCCCCCACUCAACAAACAGCGACUACUGUUC